GCCUAUUCAAUCAACCAACAGAAAUAAAAAACUGAAAACUAAAAACAGAAAUCGAACCGAAUCGAAUUGAAUUGAAUCCCAGAAAAUAUUCAUAAAAUAAUGCCAAAAAAGGUGCUGGCAACACACUUUGCAUUGGACGGGGAGAGGCCCAGCAGGACACUGAUCCUGUUCAUGUUUGCGAUGGCCAUUGUCAUGAAGGUCGGCAUCAUAGUGGUGGAGUUGAUGAUCUAAGCGGUGGAACAUUUAGGGGGAUAAUUACCUGCAACGAGAGAAGAAAAGAAGUAGCUGAAGAAAGUAAAGUAAAAAGGUGAAUGGGAGCUGAAGAAAGUGAUAAAAAAGGUAAUCGGAGCCUGUCAAAAGUCAUGCCGAAGUCAAGUGCAGUUUUGGGUUCGAGGGUAAAUGCAUCUCGGGUUUCAUCGAGGGUAGGCAGCUACUUGCCUUUAUCCUUCGGAAAAAAGGCAAAACCACGAAACGAUGGACAAGGAAAAGGACGGACGAGACGAGGCAAAACCGCACACAUAAUUUCAUUUUUCCUGCUGUGCAAAACAGUGAAAAUAAUUUGACAACUUACUUAAAAAUAUGUCACAUGAAGAAGGUCCACGACAAACCCCCAGCAAGCAAAAACCAAAAAGGGUUUCGCCAUCACUUUGCUGGAAAAUCAAAAUGAAAAUCCUGGAACGUGAACUUUUAUUAAAAGCUGUCAGCACAACAAAAAAAACC